AUGUUGGUUGUUCGACCUCGUCAGCGCCUCCACCGCAGUGCCGUGCUCUGGCACGACGCGGUUCGUCGGCCGACGAAUCUGCAGGACUCGAACGCUUGGUUCCAGGUGACCACCACCGCUGUAAUGCGCGCUCGAAGCAGCCACAGCACCUCCAUGUCGUCCAAGUCGUCGAUUGAUCUGUACGUCCUGGGCAGUGGGCCGUCGACGUCGGUGCCGUCGAUCCGGUGCCUCGUCACGAACCCCAACUGCCCCGUGUGUCCUGAGGCCCAUGCAAAUCCAAACUCACGCAAUCGGCGCGGCAAUCCGAGUCUCCUCGUCAAGCAUCAAGGGUUCCACAUCCUCAUCGACUGCGGAAAGACGUUCCGCGAGAGUUUUCUUCGCUGCUGCGUUCCGUCUGAAAUCCCGCCUCUCGUCGACGCCGUUGUGCUCACUCACAGCCACGCGGAUGCCUGCUUUGGCUUGGACGACCCGCGCGACAUCCAGCGCCGCGCGCCAUCGUCUGGCCUGGCGGUUCUGCCCGUGCAUUGCAGCCGUCAAACAGGCCGCGAUAUCACAACCCAGUUUAGCUACUUGUUCCCAGACCAUACAUCGACGAAGUUGCCGUCGACUGUGCUUUGGACAAGCAAGUUGCAGCAGGUCCAUUUCAACGACACGGGGGUGACUUCGUUUGCGAUCCAAGGCAGCUCGUUGACCUUCCAAGCGCUGCCAGUGUGGCACGGCGCGGACUACAUGGCCCACUUGCUGGACGGCCCACCCAUCGACGUGAUGUUCCUGGACGCGUUGCACGUGUCACAGUCGCAUCCGACGCAUAUGAGCCUUCCCGAAGCUCUCCAGUGUCUUGAAAGGAUCCAACCACGCAAGGCGUACCUCGUGGGCAUGGGGCAUUCCAUUGAUUAUUCCAUGCACCAGGCGCAGUUGGUGCAGCGACGCGCGGCGUGUGGCAUCGACGUCGAGCUGGCCUUCGAUGGGCUCCACAUCCACGUCGAUGAACGCGCCACAGAUGCAUCAUCGUGA